AUGGAUUACCUAUUACUAUAUGUUGAUGACAUUGUUUUGACAACUUCCUCCGAUGAGUUGCGUGAUUGGAUGAUUUCUCAGUUAAAAUCUGAGUUCCCUAUGACUGAUUUGGGACCCGUGAGUUAUUUUUUGGGCAUCUCUGUUAUUCGCACACCAUCUUACAUGCUUCUCUCUCAAAAAAAGUAUGCACAUGAGAUUCUUAAACGCGUAGGUAUGAGUGAGUGCAAGCCUGCUUCUACUCCUGUAGAAGCUAAUUCUAAGCUUAGCGCCAAUACAGGUCCUCCGGUAAAGGACCCGACUCAGUAUCGCAGUCUUGCGGGUGCUCUUCAGUACCUUACGUUUACUCGCUCUGAUAUUGCUUAUGCGGUACAACAGGUUUGUUUGUUUAUGCACGAUCCCCCGGAACCACAUUUAGGUGCAUUACAUCGUGUCAUGCGUUACAUUCAGGGUACAAUUGAUCAUGGGUUACAUUUAUAUCCCUCUUCUACUAUGCGCUUGAUCACUUAUACAGAUGCAAAUUGGGGUGGGUGUCCAGACACUCGUCGUUCGACUUCAGGAUAUUGUUGUUUUUUAGGUGACAAUCUUAUUUCCUGGUUGUCAAAACGUCAACCUACAUUAUCUAAAUCAAGUGCCGAAGCAGAAUACCGAGGCGUCGCGAACGUUAUUUCUGAGGCUUGUUGGUUCCGUGAUCUCUUACUUUAG